AAGUCACAAUAUUGGCGCAAAUUUGUAAGAAUACGUCUGGACAUCAAUGGAGCCUGUCCCUCAAGAAGAGCUACCAAUCCUUGAAUCACUCAUAAACAUUCGGAAUCGCCUAGCUGUCCUGAAGAAGGACAGAGGUGAUUUUAUCAAGACCUCUGACGUCCUCAAUCUGUACCACCAAACUGUCAAACAAGUCACGAAACUAAAUGACGUCCGUGAUGAGCAGCCAGCACACAAGAAUCGCGUUGACUCGACGCUGUCUGAUGUAUUCAGUUUGCUAUCUUUGUUCUUCCUCACUAUAGGAAAGACGAGAGAAUGUCCUGCUACUUACUGCCAGAUAUCUACCAUUCGACGGUUGCUUGAUCACAUGAACGAGUCCGCAGUGUACAACGAGAUAGACCUUGUUCCAUUCAACAAACGUUUAGAGGAACUACAUGAUAUUGUCCGAAGCGACACGGAGAGUGGAAAGCAUCCGGUGGCCAUGACGAAGUUACUAGACAGGCAGCUUAAGGAAUGCGACAGGAUAGUAGCAUCGAUGAGAGAUUCGUUAUCAGACAUUUCUGUCGAACUCGUUCCUAUCCAUGAAAAGCUCGUUACAAUUCGAAGGCAGCUCGUUGCACUCGCGGCAAAGGACACCUUUUCAAAAGCAGAACUCAAGCCAAUACAAGAGGAGCUCCGGAAGAUUGAUUCUAAACGCGUGGACGGCAAAUUCCUCGGGCCUGGUGGUGCAUCCGUACCAACUUCACAAGCGCUCUGUUCGUCAUUGCUCGAGGAGUGUUUCGAAAUCGCUCAGGAAAUCAAAGCCCGUGAGGACACGAAGAACGUGCCAUUCGGACUUAAACCUGUAUACGACCGUCUCAGUGAAAUGCGUGCGGAACUCGAGAACCUUGUGCUUACAAGGAGAUGGAGUCUGCGCGAGACGGACUUGUAUAACUACACUGUCAGUUUACAGGAGAUCGACAAGAUGCGUGUGGAUGGAAAAUUCGUAGACGCAGAGGGAAACCGGCCAGCUGGGCAAUAUAUACUCCUGUAUCUGCUUCGACGAUGUUAUGGCUUGAUCUACCGACUUCUGUCUUCAAGUGAGCCAGUGUCAGAAGAACUGAUGCCAAUUGCCAACAAAUUGUCUACUGUAAAGAAGUGUCUGAACGAGGUGUUAAAGUAUGGAGGUCCAUUCAAUCCUCGUGAUCUUUAUCCAUAUCAACUUGCACUUUUCCAAAUUGACUCAUUACGAAAAGAAGGCAAGUUUGUGAGUGAAGACGGUGGUGUGCCUGAGGGACAAGGUGUCGUUAUGGCGCAUCUCAACGAGUGCCAUGAGCUCGUCGAAGAGCUCAAGGAAGCAAUGAACGAUCCUGAAGACACGGACGACAUGGAUGAUUUGGACGAUGCAGGGGAUGAUGACGAGGAUGGAGAGGAAGAGGAUUAAUGCGUGGAUUGACCGCCUAGCCGUUUAUUUCUUUGCAAAUCCAACGUAGGGUGUUGGUGGAGGUCAUUGUAAAGCUUCGCUAUAUCAACUCUGCUGUCCUUGGUUCGUCCCUCCAACAUGCUGAAUUUCCGCUGUUGUCCUUUACAUUGUUGCUUCAGAAAGAGAAUAUGGCAGGAUUCGAACUUCGUAAAUGUAAACUAUUUAUUCCAAUAUACUGAAGGAAUACACAAACG